UAGUAAUUUGGAUUUGAGUCUACCUAGUUCUCAACUUAUAAAUAAUAGUACUUUUAGAUUUAAUAAUCUAAAUAUUAACAUUAAUAACAUUUACUUAUUUACUUUUAUCUACUUUAUGGUAUGUAUUGUUUGUUUAGUUUUGCAUAAAAUUACAAAUGACAAACGAACAUUUUAUUGUGUUCUUAUUUUUAAGUGAUUACAAUUUGAAGCAAUGCCUAAAGUACGUCGAAGCCGAAAACCGCCGCCCGAUGGUUGGGAAUUGAUUGAACCAACGCUAGAAGAAUUGGAACAAAAAAUGCGCGAAGCUGAAACAGAGCCACACGAGGGAAAAAGAAAACAGGAGUCUCUAUGGCCAAUAUUCAAAAUACAUCAUCAGAAAUCUCGCUACAUUUAUGAUCUAUUUUACAGAAGAAAAGCUAUCAGUAGAGAAUUAUAUCAAUUCUGCCUGGAUGAGAAAAUAGCUGAUGCAAAUCUCAUAGCAAAGUGGAAAAAGACUGGUUAUGAAAAUUUGUGUUGUCUAAGGUGUAUUCAGACAAGAGAUACAAAUUUUGCUACAAAUUGUAUAUGUAGAGUCCCCAAAAGCAAGUUGGAGGAGGGCAGAAUAGUUGAAUGUGUACACUGUGGUUGCAGGGGUUGUUCGGGAUAGAGAUCAGAAUUUUCCAACAGAAAUCUCGCAGUAAAAUAUCUUUAUUGAAACACCUAAAUUAAAACAGGGUUUGUCUUAAAUUGAUAUCCAAAACAACUGAAACAUGUAAAGAUUUUUCCAAAUUGAGUGUUUAGGCACUAAAUUAGUGUCACUCUCAAGUGAAAUGAUUCAUUUUGUAUUGUCAGUGUAAUAUAAUUUGUAGAUUAACUACAAAUUUUAACAAAAAUCAAUAAAAGAGAUAUGAA